AUGUCAAAAUUUACUUGGAAGGAGUUGAUUCAGCUUGGUUCCCCCAGUAAAGCAUACGAGUCCUCCUUAGCAUGUAUCGCCCACAUAGAUAUGAAUGCCUUUUUUGCACAGGUUGAGCAGAUGCGAUGUGGCUUAAGCAAAGAAGAUCCGGUAGUCUGCGUUCAGUGGAAUUCCAUUAUUGCAGUCUCUUAUGCAGCAAGAAAGUAUGGUAUAUCAAGGAUGGAUACGAUUCAGGAAGCACUAAAAAAAUGUAGUAACCUCAUACCGAUCCAUACAGCCGUUUUUAAAAAGGGAGAAGAUUUUUGGCAAUAUCAUGAUGGAUGUGGAUCUUGGGUGCAGGAUCCUGCAAAGCAGAUAAGUGUGGAAGAUCAUAAAGUAUCACUGGAACCAUAUAGGAGGGAAAGUCGCAAGGCGCUGAAGAUUUUCAAAAGCGCAUGUGAUCUAGUCGAAAGGGCGAGUAUUGAUGAAGUAUUUCUUGAUUUGGGCCGGAUUUGUUUCAAUAUGCUAAUGUUUGAUAAUGAGUACGAGCUUACAGGCGACUUGAAACUGAAAGAUGCAUUAAGCAAUAUUCGUGAGGCUUUUAUAGGGGGCAACUAUGAUAUAAAUUCCCAUCUACCUCUUAUACCCGAAAAGAUAAAGUCUCUGAAGUUUGAAGGCGAUGUUUUCAAUCCAGAGGGCAGAGAUCUGAUCACAGAUUGGGACGAUGUAAUACUUGCACUAGGAUCUCAGGUAUGCAAGGGUAUCAGAGAUAGCAUAAAAGAUAUUCUCGGUUAUACUACUUCGUGUGGUUUGUCUAGCACCAAAAAUGUUUGCAAGUUGGCUUCUAAUUACAAAAAACCUGAUGCCCAAACAAUUGUGAAAAAUGAUUGUUUAUUAGAUUUUUUAGAUUGCGGAAAGUUUGAAAUUACAUCAUUCUGGACCUUAGGCGGCGUUCUUGGCAAAGAACUAAUUGACGUAUUGGAUCUUCCCCACGAAAACAGUAUUAAACACAUCAGAGAGACGUGGCCUGAUAAUGCUGGCCAGCUUAAGGAAUUUUUAGAUGCUAAAGUUAAGCAAUCUGAUUAUGAUCGCUCAACCAGCAAUAUCGACCCUUUGAAAACAGCAGAUUUAGCAGAAAAGUUGUUUAAAUUAAGUAGAGGCCGGUACGGUCUGCCCUUAAGUUCUCGCCCUGUUGUAAAAAGUAUGAUGUCAAACAAAAAUCUUAGAGGAAAAUCGUGCAAUUCCAUCGUGGACUGUAUUUCUUGGCUUGAGGUCUUCUGCGCUGAGCUUACGUCCAGGAUUCAGGAUCUGGAACAGGAGUAUAACAAGAUCGUAAUACCAAGAACAGUAUCUAUAUCUUUAAAAACAAAAUCCUACGAAGUAUAUCGAAAAUCAGGUCCAGUUGCGUACAAGGGCAUCAAUUUCCAGAGUCACGAACUCCUAAAAGUAGGCAUAAAAUUUGUCACGGACCUUGAUAUUAAAGGAAAGAACAAAAGUUAUUACCCUUUAACAAAACUAAGUAUGACAAUUACUAAUUUCGAUAUUAUAGAUUUACAAAAAACUGUUGUAGAUAUGUUUGGCAAUCAGGUCCAUACUUUCAAAAGCUCAGCAGGCAAGGAAGAUGAGGAAAAAACUACCAGCUCGAAAGCUGACGAGAAAACUCCGAAGUUGGAAUGUUGUAAAUACCAGGUGACUUUUACAGACCAGAAGGCUCUUCAAGAGCACGCAGACUAUCAUUUAGCAUUGAAACUGUCGGAAGGCUUAAAUGGUGCUGAAGAAUCAUCCAAAAACCUUUCUUUCGGGGAAAAAAGAUUGUUGUUUUCACGGAAAAGACCAAACUCACAACAUACUGCCACACCUCAGAAGAAACAAGUUACAUCUUCCAAAAACAUCUUAUCAUUUUUUACAAGAAAAAAAUGA